AUGGCGACUGGGGACGGAGCUUCUACGGGGUCAAUUGACGUUGAAGAGAGAGGCCGAGGCUUCAGAAAACAAGUUCCAAAGGUAGUUGUUGCAGUGGCCGAUUUCGUUGCUGGUGAUGAAACUCAAAUGAACUUCAGUGAAGGCGACGAGCUUUCGAUUCUUAGCGAGGAAACCCCAGAUUGGUGGUGGGGUGAAAUGAAUGGAUUUUGCGGCUAUGUCCCUGCAACAUAUGUCGUCACCGAGACAGAUUAUGCCAAAUACCAUACACACAGACAUGAAUGGCAAGAUGAGGAGUAUUUUGGAGAUUAUGGAAAAUUAAAGCUUCACCUGGAAAUGCUUGGCGAUAAACCACGAACCCUUGCAUACAGAAAAGCUAUUUGUAGACAUCGCGAGGUUUUCGUUGGGAAAACGGUGUUAGACGUCGGUUGUGGCACUGGAAUCUUAAGCUUGUUUUGUGCAAGGGAUGGUGACGCCAGAAAAGUUUAUGCUGUAGAAGGGAGUGCGGAUAUCGGAAACUUGACCUCUCAGAUAGUUGCCGUAAAUGAUUUAAGUGAUGUUAUUUCUGUUGUUGUUGGGAAAAUAGAGGAGGUAGAAUUACCUGAAAAAGUUGACGUCAUUUUGUCGGAAUGGAUGGGAACUUUCCUGGUUUUUGAAUUCAUGAUUGAUUCUGUCCUGUUUGCAAGGGAUAAAUGGUUAAAGCCAGAGGGAGUCAUAUGGCCGUCAAGUGCAAAAUUGUUUAUUGCACCUUGCUCCGCCAAAGAAACUUACGAUGAAAACGUUACCGCUUGGAAAAGUCAAUAUGGAUUUGAUUUUUCACCUUUGAUGGACAAAGCAAAGACCGAAUUCCUUGAUAGACCUUUGUAUAACCAUGAACUUGAUCUCAAUAAUUGUCUAUCAGAAAGUGCAGUUCUUCUUGACAUUGAUAUGGAAACUUUUCCAAGGGAGAAUCUCGAAUUGAUGUCAGGGCAGUUUGAGUUCAUCAUAAGAAAGGGUGGUACCUUUCAUGGGUUAGGCAGCUGGUUCAUGGUUAUAUUUGGAGGAGUACCAGUCCCAGAUAACUCAGAGUACGAACUACUGUCGACUUCCCCACAUCAUGAAAGAACCCACUGGAAACAAAACUUGUUUCUUUUGGAUGACCCAGUCUCUGUUAACCCUGGUAACUUCAUCACUGGAUUUGCUACCUUGAAGAGAAAUCCAAAGUACAGGAGACACCUGAGUGUAACCUUUCACUUAAAAAUUUUUCCUAGCAAAUCUAAUGGCAGCAUUCUUCACAACAUUAAAAAAAGAUUUUUGAUUUGGAGAUAA